AUGUCCCACGCGACGUACGACAGGCUGUGGGCGGACGCGCAGCGCACGCUGGACGAGGCCACGGCCAUCGACAGCGACCUGCACGCCGCCAAGCCGCAGAAGGACAAGCGCAAGGCGUCGGCGGUGGUGUGCGACCUGUACGUGCGAUACGUGACGGCGCUGGCCAGCCUGGACCAGUGCUACGACCAGAUAGUGCAGCCGCAGAAGCGCCUGCUCGUCCGCAAGCUGCUCGACGCCAGCCUGGGCCGCAUGCUGGAACUCAAGCACGAGCUCGUCAACCUGGACCUGUCCGAGUUCAGCUACUACGACGACGUGCUCAUCAGCAUGAACAUCCUGCCGCAGGAGGCCGAAAUCACCAUCCCGCAGUACUACAGGCGCGAGCGCGAACAGGAGAUCCGGCAGCGGAGGAAGACCAUCGACGACGUCCUCAAACGACUGGGCUUCUACGAGGACGAGGGCGCCGAGCCGGAGAUGACGGAGGACGAGGCGACCCGCCUCAUCCAGGUGCACGAGCGCGCGCGCCAGGGCCGCCUGCGGGCGCAGUUCAUGCGCGAGAUCCGGCACAUGAAGGACAAGGCCAAGCCCGACCCGCUGGCCGACGACAAGGCGGGGUCGCGCGCCGCCGCGCUGCGCAUCCAGAAGAUCUGGCGGGGCUUCAUCACGCGGAGAAAGAUCCGGAGGAGGGUCAUCGAGGAGAUGCUUCUCAUUGGCAUGCUGCCCCCCGUGGCCGUGGAGUCGGAGGCGCGGCGCCGCAGCGAGGAGGUGCGCGAGGCGCGGCGCGCGGUGCAGGCCGAGCACCAGCGGCAGUACGAGCAGGCCCUGGUGCGCGAGAAGGAACACGUGCGGCGCACGCGCGGCGAGAUCAUCAAGGAGGAGAUCGCGGACGCGGCGCGCUGCUGGUACAUGGACUACAAGGCCAACACCGGCAAGUUCCCCGACUUCCCCUCUGAGGAGUCCGGCGGCUCGGCGGUGCUCUUCAGCCGCCAGGGCGCCGAGUCCGAGAUGAGCAAGUCCACGGCGCCGUCCUCCAAGGACAGCAAAGGCAAGAAGGACAAGGCGAAGAAGGCGCAGAAGGAGAAGGACCCCGCCAAGAAGAGGCCGGAGGACGAGGAGGACCCGGGCUUCAAGAUGCUGCCGUCCAGCUUCCUGGGCGAGCUGGUGGCGUCCUGCGGCACGUACCAGGACGUGUGGUGCGAGAAGGACGAGCGCGGCAACCCCAGCCAGACCUUCUACCGCGACAUGAUCCUGCAGGACAAGGAGCGCGAGGUGGAGGCCGAGCUGCGCAAGACGGUGGACCACAUGCUGCGCCAGGAGCUGGAGCGGCUGCAGGCCGCGCUGGACCGCGACCGCGCGCGCAAGGGCAAGAGGGGCAAGAAGGCGAGCAAGAAGAAGGGCCGGCGCGGCGGCAAGAAGGGCAAGAAGAAGAAGGAGCGGGACCUGACGCCCGACCGCACGCUCGAGUCGCUGUUCGAGGAGCUGGUGGCCAACGGCAUCAUCCGCAAGUACCCGGAGGUGCCGCUGGCCGCCUUCAAGGGCGAGCGCUCCUUCGGCAACCUGGCGCUGCGGCAGCAGGGCAAGGACCCCCUGCCGUCCCUGGGCGACGUGCGCCAGGCCGUGCUGGAGUACUGCGUGCUGCCGCUGGGCUCCCCCGCCAUCCACGCCAUGUCCCCUCUGGUGCGCUCCGUGCUGCUGGCGGGGCCGGCGGGCUCGGGCAAGCGCACGCUUGUCCACGCCGUCUGCACCGAGACGGGCUCCGUACUCUUCGACCUGAGCGCCGCCAACAUCGUCGGCAAGUACCCCGGCAAGGCGGGCCUCGUCAUGCUCGUCCACCUCGUCAGCAAGGUGUCCAGGCUGCUGCAGCCGUCCGUCAUCUUCAUGGACUGCGCGGAGAAGCCCUUCCUGAAGAAGGUGCCGAAGACCGACAAGACCGACCCCAAGCGCCUCAAGAAGGACCUCCCGAAGCUGGUCAAGAGCAUCGGGCCCGAGGACCAGGUGCUGCUCAUGGGCAUCUCCCGCUGCCCGUGGGAGUGCGACCAGAAGGCGCUGGCGCAGGUGUACACCAAGAUGAUCCUGAUUCCGCGGCCCGACUACGCCAGCCGCAGCUACAUCUGGAGCGAGCUGCUCUUCUCGUACAGCGGCGUCAACCGCCAGUUCGACACGGCCGCCAUCGCCCAGAUCUCGGACGGCUACACGGUCGGCCGCAUCCUGGCCGUGCUGAGGGACGUCAUGACGUGCAAGAGGAUCCUGCAGAUGCGCGUGCAGCCGCUGACGCACGCCGAGCUGGUGACGGCGCUGAGCAGGCACGACCCGGUCUACAAGGAGGAGGAGGAGGCGUUCCUGGCGUGGUUCCAGCGCACGCCCAUCGGGCGGCGCAAGGCGCGCGCCAUGGAGCUGGAGGAGCUGCAGCGCCAGGGGCUGGAGCCGCAGCCCGCCAAGUGAAGGGACACUGAAAAGCCCAGAACCAACCCAGGGCCAACCCAGAACGGUUCUCAGGUGAGGGCUAGCGGAAACUGCCUAAUUGCACUAGUAUUGUGUGAGUUUUUCAACUUCCAGGUGGGCCUGGAGGGGAGGGGGCACCUGGGGGGCACACCAGCCAC